AUGGCGGCGGCAGCGGAGCGGACGGACGAGCUGGUGCGGGAGUAUCUUCUCUUCCGCGGCUUCACCGCCGCCCUGAAGCAGCUGGAUGCGGAGAUCAAGGCGGACCGAGAGAAAGGCUUCCGGGUGGAUAAGAUAGUGGACCAGCUGCAACAGUUUGUUCAGAGCUAUGAUCUGGUAGCCCUGAGGGAUUACUGGAGCUACCUGGACCGACGUCUUUUCAGCCGUUUGGAAGAUGUGUACCGGCCGACAGUGAACAAGCUCAAAACCAGCUUGUUCCGGUACUACCUCGUCCAUACUGUUCAGACUGGCCGCAAUGACAAGGCACAAGAGUUUUUCCUCAAGCAGGCCUCCGAGCUCCAGAACCAGGUGGAGUGGAAGGAUUGGUUUGUCCUGCCCUUCCUCCCUGCCCCAGACUCCAACCCCACCUUUGCCACCUAUUUCUCACGCCAGUGGGCAGACACAUUUAUGGUGUCUCUGCACAACUUCCUGAGCGUCUUAUUCCAGUGCAUGCCAGUUCCAGUCAUCUUGAACUUUGAAGCUGAGUGUCUCAGGAGCAGCCUCAUACAAGAAGAAAAUGAAUCGUUGCGGCAUAAGCUGUUUGCUUUGCAGGCCGAAUCCUCCCGCAUGAAGAAAGAGGAACUGGAGAUGGAACAAGCAGUCAUGCAUCACAAGUUGCCAGCUUAUGUGGCCAACAUGGAUCGACUAGGGGACUCUGAGCUUAAAAAGGGCCCUGCCAGACCAGCCCAUCCAAGUGGGGCUUCUCCAACUCAGACUGGCAGUAUGCUGCUAGGGAAGAAAGAACCAACAAACCACCAGAGUGCCAAAGGAAAAGAAGGAGCAGUGAGCUGUAAGGAUGGGAAGAGCCAUUACAGUGGGCUAGGAGCAGGCGAGUCCAGCUUCCUGCAGCAGCGGCAGAAGCGCUUGCAAGAGCAUGGGAAGGAAAGGAAGGAGCUGCUGUCGAAAGGGACCUCCCAGAAUGCUGAGAAGAAAACUGAUGCUAGCACAGCUGAGACAGAGCUGUGCUCAGAGCUGCCCACUGAGCAAACAGAGACUACAACCAGAACAGCUGCCAACAGCACUGACGCCAUGGGGGUCCGUCAGGAGCAGCCUUUCAUUGUCCUGAGCCAAGAGGACUAUGGGGAGCACCAUUCAUCCAUCAUGUACUGCAGGGUUGAUUGUUCUGGACGGAGGGUGGCCAGUUUGGAUGUGGAUGGGGUCAUCAAAGUCUGGUCUUUUAACCCCAUAAUGCAAACUAAGGCCUCAUCCAUUUCCAAAUCUCCAUUGCUGUCUCUGGAAUGGGCGACCAAGCGUGAUAGGCUGCUCUUGCUUGGCAGUGGGGUCGGGACGGUUCGUCUCUAUGACACAGAAGCAAAGAAGAAUCUCUGUGAAAUCAGCAUUGAUGAAGACAUGCCCAGGAUCCUCUCGCUUGCCUGCAGCCCAAGUGGUGCCUCCUUUGUCUGUUCUGCAGCAGCCCAGAGCCCCAUCUCCCACAUGGACUUUUCAGCAGUAGGCUCUGGUGGCAAAAGCAUGAACCAAGUUCCUGGGAAACUGCUACUGUGGGACACUAAAACAAUGAAGCAGCAGCUGCAGUUCUCCCUGGAGCCUGAGCCCAUUGCUGUUAACUGCACAGCUUUCAACCACAACGGCAACCUGCUGGUCACGGGGGCUGCAGAUGGCAUUGUUCGUCUCUUCGAUAUGCAGCAGCACGAGUGUGCCAUGAGCUGGAAGGCUCAUGAUGGGGAAGUCUACUCCGUUGAGUUCAGCUAUGAUGAGAACACAGUCUACAGCAUAGGUGGGGAUGGCAAGUUUAUUCAGUGGAACAUUCACAAAAGUGGCUUGAAGGUGUCCGAGUACGACCUCCCCAGCGAAGCCACAGGUCCUUUUGUUCUGUCUGGGUACAGUGGCUACAAGCAAGUCCAGUUCCCAAGAGGAAGGCUUUUUGCUUUUGACUCUGAGGGCAACUAUAUGGUGACAUGUUCUUCUACUGGGGGAGUCAUUUUUAAGUUAAACGGUGAGGACAAGGUGCUGGAGAGCUGCCUUGCCCUGGGAGGACACCGAGCUCCUGUUGUUACAGUGGACUGGAGUACAGCCAUGGACUGUGGGACCUGCCUCACUGCCUCCAUGGAUGGGAAGAUUAAAUUAACAACUUUACUGGCUCAAAAGUCUUAACAUGGACAGUGCUGAGGGGAAAAAGCAAGAGCCCACAGCCCUUCUUCUCACUGCAGCUUUUUGGAUUUGCUAAAUACACUUGCCAAACUACUGUGCCAUUAAUGGGAUGCCAGUAUGGGAGCA